AUGGCCAGUGAAGGUAAUGUUUCAACCAUCGCUGGAGUAGGAACCAGCGAAAAAGAAUCAUCGAAAGAUGAACAGAUUCAAAUGCUGAAAGAGAUGAAUGCAAAAUUGUUAGCCUUACUAGAAGCUCAAGGAGCUGGUAAGGGUGAUGAGGAAGAAAUUUUUUAUAAAAGAUUAGCUUCUCAUAAACCUCGUUCUUAUGAUGGGGAGGCGGACCCUGUUAAGUUUGAGGAUUGGGUGAACCAUAUGAAUAAAGUGCUGGAAGUUGUGAGUUGUCCAGAACACUUAAAGGUCAACAUGGCCUCCUUUUAUUUAGAAGGACCUGCUGACAUUUGGUGGAACAUCACUAAAGGAAUUUCCAAGCAGUCUGACUUCAGCUGGGAAAAGUUUACGGAAAAAUUGAAACAUAAAUUCUUUCCUUCGGCUUUGCGAAGGAUGAAGGAGAAUGAGAUCCUAUUUCUAAGACAAGCUAAAAUGUCCAUGUUGGAAUAUGCGACAAAAUUCAUAGAAUUAUCGCGGUUUGCCCCAGAUUUUGUGGUAAAUGAAAGAAUUAAGUCCAUGCGAUUCUUUGAAGGGUUGAAUUCAAAAUAUCAGAAGCGGGUAGGGCCAUAUUCAACCUUCGAAGAAUUAUAUGAUCAGGCCUUGGAGCAGGAGCGGAUUGAGAUGAAGGAUGAAGAAUUCCGCAAGAGGAAAAAUGGGGGAAAGAGUAAAACAGAGAAUGUAAAAAGAGUCAAAAAAGAAGAGGGAGCUGGGGUAACUUUUAAACCUCAAGGGAGAGGUGAAAAGAUAAACAAGUCAGAAUGGAAGUGCAGGUUUUGUGGAAGAAAUCAUUACGGAAAAAUUACGCUGGUAGUUGAUUUGCUUUAA